AUGAAAAAGCUAUUCUUGGAACAUUUUUUUCCGCCCACCAAGACGAAUGCGCUGAAGAAAGAAAUUAGUGGAGUGAAGCAGGAGUACGACGAGUCAUUGAGCACCUACUGGACUCGAUUUAGGAGAUUGGUGGACAGUUGCCCCAACCAUAAGUUUUCGGAUGGGGAUUUGCUGCAGUACUUCUAUCAGGGGAUGACCGUGGAUACUAAAAACCUUGUGAAUUCAUCGAGUGGAGGAGGGUUUUCCCAGAAUACUGUGAGUGAAGCCAAACGAUUGAUUCAGCACUUGGUGGAUGCAACGAGGGAGUAUGAUGAGCCACGCAUUCAAAUGCUCAAGAAAGAUGCGCAAGCAAGCUCCUCAAAUUUGGAUGACAAGUUCGAAGAGAGAUUGGGAAGGAUAGAGAGAAUGCUAAGCACUGUGGUGGAGAAAGUGGCGAGCGCUGGACAACCGACGGAAAAACCAUGUGGAGCGUGUGGAAACUUUGGCCAUACGAGCUUGCAGUGCACAGGGGCCGAGCAGAAGGUGCAAAUCGAAGGACUAUCCCGUCAGAUGUCUCAGCUCGCCACAUCCAUGAAUCAGCUUAAGGGAAAUAAUGGGACUUUGCCAUCUCAAGUUCAUGUGAAUCCCAAGGAGAAUGUCAACAAGAUCACCCUGAGGAGCGGUACAGAGUUGGACGGACCGACAACCCAGAAAUCUCAAGAUGGACCGCAUGUAGAUUCUGGAGUCGAAUUUCAUGUGGAGGAAUUCGAGCGUUCUGUUGGUACGACAGAUCCAGUCAUUCAACAGGCAGAACAGUCCCGUUUGGCCAAACAGAACAAGGGGCCGACAGCUGAGCAGAAAGGGAAAGGAGCAGUACUUGAAUCCACCGAGGAGGAGCAACCCAAGGUCUCUAAACCUUCGAGCCUACCUGACCCUAAGGCUGCAAUAUCAGUUCCCUUUCUAGGAAGAUUGGCGAAGAAGAAGCCGGAGGAGGAGCUCAUCGAUUUUGUGAAGAUCUUCGGCAAACUUGAAGUGAAUCUUCCAUUCUUGCAAGCGUUGAAAAUCCCUCCUUUUGGGAAAUUUGUGAAGGACUUCAUAGCUGGAAAUUCCAAGGCAACUGGUAAGAUUGUGAUGGGCGAGAACGUCUCAGCUGCACUCAAGAAGGAGUUACCCGCCAAGUGCAAAGAUCCCGGUAUGUUUUCUCUCCCCAUUUACAUUGGUGAUACUAGGAUCGAGAAUGCUAUGUGUGACUUAGGAGCGUCUAUCAAUGUUAUGCCUCUCACUGUUUACAAUAGAUUGUCGGGUGUAGAAUUGGUAGAUACUAGAGUAGUCAUUCAGUUAGCCGAUAGGUCUUGUGUUUAUCCCGAAGGUUUGCUUGAGAAUGUUCUUGUGAGUGUGAAUAAUUUUGUUUAUCCUGCCGAUUUCUAUGUGGUGAGGAUGAGUGGAGUGCAAUCUAAGGGUUCAACGGGGAUCCUUUUAGGUCGUCCGUUCCUAAGAACUACAAAGUCAAUCAUAGAUGUUAGUAAUGGCACGAUUUGUCUGGAUUAUCAUGGGGAGAAAUACACUUUUAGUAUGGAUGAUGCCAUGAAAAAUCCUAAUGAUGCUGAAAAUGCUUAUUCUAUUGAUGUGAUUGACCCUCUCGUCCAAGAAUUUCUUGAGACCGAAUUCAUGCAGGAUAAGUUGGAGCUCACUAUGAUAAAGAGUUGGACAGAUUUUGAUGCUCAAGGGAUGAACGAUGCAGAGGUCAAGGAGGCCAUCAUGUCUCUUUAUGCACAACCGGAGAUGGUCAGUUCGGGAAGCCAGUUCUGUUUGCCCAAACAGACACCGUACGACAGACCACUGAGAUCCGAUGAGAAGCCAACCUGA